ACUGUCAUAAUUGUCUUAUUUUUAUUGUCAAUUUAUUUGUCAUCAUGUGUCAUUUACUUUUGUGAAACCGCUAGCGAAAUGUCUGAUUGUGCCGGCGAUAAUUCAAAACCACGAGUUGCUGUUCUGGGAGGGUGUGGCUUCAUCGGGCGAAACCUGGUGGAGUAUCUUAUAAGCAAUGACUUGGUCAGCGGAGUUCGUGUUGUGGAUAAAACCCCACCUCAGUUGGCAUUCCUCAAUCCAAAUCAUUCGAAAGUUUUCGAAGACCCCCGCGUGGAAUACAAGAGCGCCAACCUAAUAAAUCCUACGUCAUGCGCCAGCGCACUCGAUCCAGGGUCUGACGAGCCUUGGGGUCUGGUCGUCAAUUGCGCAGGAGAAACCCGGGUGGGACAGACAGAAGCCGUGUACUCUGAGGGUAUAUAUACCCUGAGCUUCAACGUGGCGAAGCAGUGUGCCAAGUUGAAGGUGCCCAGAUUGGUUGAGAUCUCAAGCGGAUAUAUGAACAGUAAGGAAAAGCCACACAGAGAAAGUGAUCCUGUCAACCCCUGGACGAUAGAAGCCACCAUGAAGGCCAAAGUGGAACAAGAACUGAAGAAAUUGGAACCGGAACUGAACUACACUAUAAUUAGGCCCGCCAUAGUGUACGGAGUCGGGGACCGGAGGAGUCUCACCCCCCGCCUCCUUUACGGCGGUAUAUAUAAGCAUCUCGGCGAAACUAUGAAGUUACUGUGGACUGCUGAUCUCAAGAUGAACACGGCGCACGUCAGGGACGUGUGUCGCGCCGUGUGGCUGCUGUCACGGCGCGGGGACGCCAACCACCAGAUAUACAAUGUGGUGGACGACGCUGACAGCACACAGGGUAGCCUUGCGGAGCUUGUAAGCCAGAUCUUCAAGAUAAACCAUGAUUAUUAUGGUACAGCCAUCUCUACGCUGGCUAAGACGGACAUAUCAGGCGUAGCAGAGGAAGCCAAUGACAAACACUUAACCGCUUGGGCGGACAUCUGCAGGAAAUAUCAAUUGGAACACUCCCCGUUGGAGCCCAGCGCUGGGCACGAGAUGCUGCUCAACAAACACGUCUCCCUGGACGGGGGGAAGGUCAGGGAGGUCAUGACCAUGGACGUGGGUAAACCUACCGUGGAAAAUUUGCUAGAGGUACUAGAAGAUUAUGCGUCAAUGAACCUCUUCCCGAAGGAGUUGCUCCUAUGACCGUGUUCGUAAAAAAUUACCGUCGAUCAAAUUAUUUGUAUUAUUCUAUGUGUCGAAAAAAGUAUAUAAUAUUAUGUCAUCAGUAUCUACUUUCAGUUCCAUGUGGAUUUAAGUCCAUGCUAAAUAUAUGACUGUGCAACUAUUUUAAAGAUUGGUGUAUCUAUAUUUUCCAAUGUUUAUAUAAAAGGUCUUAUUCUCAUUCUUUUUUAAUGUGUUUUAACAUAGAUACAAAUCCUUUAAGGAUAUUUAAGUAAAACUUCAGUCUUAUGAAUGGUUAUGUAUAAAAUUUAGUCUUAAAUUGUAUACUUUGAGCUUAAGUUGGUAUUAAGUUUUAUUUGCAACGAAUUUUUUAAGUGAUUCGAAUUUUUCUAUUGUCAUUUCGGUGUAUUUUUACCGGCUAAGCGUGAGUCCUCUGGUAGCAAAUUGUAAUCUUUAUAAAAAUUUGAUGUCUACACAUUUGCCAAAAUAAUUUUAACGUAAGUACACUAGCUAGUAGGGGUGUUAUAUUGGCUGAAGCGGAAAAUGUCAAAAUUAAUAAUAUUAUUGAUUCAGGUUAGUUACUUUUAAAAAUUAUUUGAUUUUCAUUAUCAUUUCCAAUGUCACAAAUGGAGGUUCUUACAUUGUCUUCGUUAUUUUGUUGUCUUGUUAAGUUUACAUUUUUAAGAACAGAAUUAAAUCUUUAGAAAGAAAGAUUCUUGUUAUGACCCACAAACAGUCUUAUAAAAUUACUGUGAUAGGACAAGAAGUAAAUAAAUCGUCCCGACGUCAAUUCGACCAAAAUAAUUGAUCUAUAAAUUGUGAUUGGACAAUAAAAACACGUUUUGGAAACCAGUUUUAUAUGUGUAAGGAAAAAAAGACUGUUAGUACCAAAAAACAUUAAAAAAAUUGCUUUUACUAAACGCUGAAAAUGUAAUAACGAUUUGCUACCGAUACGAACUAAUUCCAUCCAUAUACCUGAAUUGAAGAGAUUCUAUGAAAUAUGCAUAUAAAUAAUCACGUCAUAUACCUUGCGGGGUAGGCAGAGCAAACAGUCUAUGAAAUUAUAUGUAAAAAAGUGAAUCACUACAAGAAUAAAUUUCACUAAUGCUUAUGUUUAAGGGAAAUUCUUCCAAGUUAAAGUAUCCUUGAAACUUAGUUUCGUAUAUUUAGAGUAAGAUACCUACGUAUAUACACUUACAGUCGUUAAAUUCUUGUUCGAUAAUCCUGCACUGGCGCCAUGUGCCUGUUCUCGGACUCCGGGCUUCUCUCCAAACGGCAAACAAGACAAUAAUAUCAAAAAUUCUAUGUAAAAGUAAAUUUAAAUGGCUCUCAGGAUCUUUUAUGUUUUAUGUAGUCAAAAGUAUAUAUUUUUCCUGGGAUUUCCUGAGCAUAAGAUCUUAUCUUUUGUUCCAUUCUUUGAUUGUCACCUGCUGAUACAUACAAAUAAUUACGUUAUAAUCCUUACGGGGAAGAAAGGACUAAAACACUUGAUGGCUGAAUGGCAUAAUGACGUUAUCGCGAUUUUUAAAUUCUACUGACUAGCAUACAAAAGGGGCCACUCCAACAAAACCAAGUCCAAGUCUUAUGGGUAUAAAUAUUGUCAAACUAUUGGUAAAUAUCAUGGUUUUGAUGAUAGUAUAAAGAACCAUAGUCGGGUCUUGUCGCUUCAGGCAAUAUUAUCUUGCAAAGAAUUUGACGAUUAAAUAAAGUUAGUGCUGGGAUAAAAAUAUUGUAAUCUUAGUUACCCCACUAAGUCGUGAUCUAAUCUUUAGUACUUAGUUAUACAUUUUUACAUAAUUAUAAUUGAUUUCAUGCUUAUCGAAUACGUGUUGCUUACACAAUUUUUUGAACGAAAAUAAAGACAUUUUUAUAUGGCUUAACUUAUAGCUUUUAAAAUUGUAUUUAAGAAACAUUAACAUGUUUUUUGAAAUUGUAUCUGAAAAAAAUUACAGUCUGUAUUAGUUAAGUCAUGAUUAGAAUAAGCUGAGUACUUAAUAUAACUUGCUCAAUGUAUUACUUCUCAUUGAAAUUUUUAGAAGCUCAUGUGCUUGCUUUCGAUUGAGCUUACAAGGAAUCGUAUACUGUCAAUUCAUUGAUAAAUAAUGCUAGAAAUUGUAUAUUGUGUAAACCAGAUAUAUAUCAUAUAUGGUCCAAUAAACCAAUUCAAAAUAUA